AUGUCUGAAUCGGACAAGGGCGAAAAGGUAUCGAAGAAGGGAUUCUUCUUUCGUCGAAAGGCCACGCGGCCAGUCGUGGAAGAGAAAGCUGUGGACUCGACAGAGAGCACGGAGGAAGUCAAGCCGGCAAAACAAGAGGUGCCUACCAUAUCCUUCACUCAGUUAUUUCGUUAUUCUACCAAAUUUGAACUAUUCCUCGAUGCGAUAGGCUUAGUAGCGGCAGUAGGGGCGGGUGGUGCACAGCCUCUUAUGUCCAUUCUCUUUGGAAAUCUCGUCGAAGACUUUGUCACGUUCACGACCGUGCUUCUGAGGGCUGAGCAAGGCGAUGAGGCUGCUAAGCAGCAAUUACCGACAGUCGCAGCCAACUUUCGUCGUGUCGCUGCUUUGGAUGCCACGUAUUUCGUCUAUCUUGCCAUCGGACUGUUUGCCUGUACAUUCACCUAUCUGUAUAUCUGGGUCUACACCGGCGAGGUCAACAGCAAACGUAUUCGUGAAUACUAUUUGAAAGCAGUCCUUCGCCAAGACGUCGCCUACUUUGAUGAUGUGGGCGCCGGAGAGGUUGCUACCAGGAUUCAAACAGACACCCAUUUGGUACAACAGGGUAUCUCCGAGAAGGUCGCGCUCGCGGUCACCUUCGUGGGCGCCUUCAUUACGGGAUACGUUAUCGCAUACGCCCGUUCUUGGCGGUUGGCCUUGGCGCUUACAUCUGUCCUGCCCGCUUUAGGCCUCACGGGCGGCGUGAUGAACAAGUUUGUUUCGAGCUACGUUCAGUUAUCUCUCAAGCAUGUUGCUGAGGGCGGUACUUUGGCAGAAGAGGUCAUUUCUACGAUCCGUACCGCUCAGGCAUUUGGCACCCAGGGGAAGCUAUCUGAGACGUAUGACUCCCACGUCAAUGGGGCCCUUUCGUCUGAUCUGAAGACUUCGUAUUGGACUGGUGGGGGUGUCGCUGUCAUGUUUUUCAUAAUUUACUCCUCAUAUUCCCUCACCUUCAGCUUCGGCACGACCCUUAUCAAUAGCGGACAUGCCACACCGGGCGAAGUCAUUAAUGUAUUCCUGGCCAUUCUCAUGGGUUCAUUUUCAAUGGCUCUCUUAGCCCCUGAGAUGCAAGCUAUCAACAACGGUCGCGGGGCAGCAGCAAAGCUCUAUCAAACCAUCGAUCGUGUGCCCGAGAUCGAUUCCGCUGAUCCUAAUGGUCAGAAACCGGAAAAUGUGAAGGGCGAAAUCGUGUUUCAAGACGUGGAAUUCAGCUACCCUUCGCGACCGACAAUUCAAGUUACGAAAGGUUUGUCAUUGAAGUUUGAAGCUGGAAAAACAGUUGCUCUUGUGGGCGCUUCAGGCUCGGGCAAAUCGACUAUUGUCUCUCUCAUUGAACGGUUCUACGAUCCCACCGCCGGCGUUAUCAAACUUGACGGUAUCAACAUCAAGGAUCUCAACUUGAAGUGGCUGAGAUCACAAAUCGGAUUGGUUUCUCAGGAGCCCACGCUGUUCGCCACCAGUAUCAAGGCAAACGUCGCUCAUGGCCUCAUCAGCACGAAAUUUGAGCACGUCUCAGACGAAGAAAAGUUUGCGCUCAUAAAAGAGGCCUGCAUCAAGGCUAACGCUGAUGGUUUUAUUUCUGAGCUACCCUCGGGAUACGAUACCUUGGUUGGAGAGCGCGGAUUCCUUCUUUCCGGCGGGCAAAAGCAGCGCGUCGCUAUUGCUCGUGCGAUUGUUUCUGACCCCAAGAUAUUACUACUGGAUGAAGCCACCAGCGCGUUGGACACGCAAUCGGAAGGGGUUGUGCAAGACGCGCUCGAUAAAGCCGCUGCAGGUCGCACCACAAUCGCUAUCGCACACAGGCUCUCAACCGUCAAGGAUGCGGACGUCAUAUGCGUCCUGAGCGAAGGCCUUGUGGUGGAACAAGGGUCGCAUGACGAACUUCUUCAAGCAAACGGCGCCUAUGCAGGCCUCGUUCAAGCUCAGAAAUUGAAAGCACAGGACGAUACAGACAUCGAGGACGUAGCCCAAACCGCAGCACCUGAAGAACAAGUUGCAAACAAAGAGAUAUCCAUUAGCCGCGUCGAUACUGGUCAUUCUCUUGCUAGUGAGAUUAUCAAGCAGAAAAGCAGUUCAUCGGCGGAUUCGAAACUGAAAGACCUUUCCAUAUUUAUGCUUUUCGUUCGUAUGGGUCGCCUCAGUCGAAAGCAGUGGAAGAACUAUGUCAUCGGAACAAUUUUUUCAAUAAUGGCGGGUGCCGUAUACCCCUCCUUCGGUAUUGUAUAUGCUGACGGCAUUGUUGGAUUUUCUGCCACCGACAACCACGCCCGUCGUGUUGCAGGCGACCGCAACGCCCUCUGGUUUUUUAUUAUUGCUUUACUUUCCACCCUAGUUCUGUUUAUCCAAAACAGCUUGUUCGCAUCUGCGGCUGCCAAAUUAACAGCGAAACUCCGCUCUCUGAGUUUCAAGGCCAUUCUUCGCCAAGAUAUUGAAUUUUUCGACAAGCCUGACAACACUACUGGAAGUUUGACUGCUGGCUUAAGUGAUAACCCCCAGAAAGUCAAAGGACUCGCUGGCGUCACUUUGGCGACAAUUAUUCAAAGUAUCGCGACGCUGAUCGUCGGCUCCAUCAUUGGCUUGGUUUACUUCUGGCAGGUUGGACUUAUUGCCAUUGCCUGUACACCUCUUUUGGUAUCGACUGGAUAUAUUCGCUUGCGCGUUGUCGUCAUGAAGGAUCAGACUAACAAGAAAGCUCACGAAGCCUCUGCCCAUCUUGCAUGUGAGGCAGCUGGAGCCAUUCGAACGGUUGCGUCGUUGACUCGUGAAGAUGAUUGUUUGGAGGCGUACAGCAAGAGUCUAGAAGUACCGUUGAGGAAAUCCAACCGAACCUCAUUCUGGAGCAACCUCCUUUUCUCAGGUGCCCAAUCCAUGGGUUUCCUCGUGAUUGCUCUUGUUUUCUGGUUCGGUUCAGGCCGCGUUUCGCGCCAGGAGGCUUCGACGAAGGCAUUCUUCGUGGGAUUAAUGAGUACGGUACUUGGAGCUAUCCAAGCUGGGAACGUAUUCACCUUCGUGCCCGAUGUCUCCGCGGCGAAAGGGGCUGGCUCCGCCAUUAUAAGACUUCUCGACGCGGUCCCUGACAUAGACGCAGAGUCAAGGUCUGGAAAGUCCGUAAAUCCUGAAGGCGUUGAAGGCCACCUUCGUCUUGAACGUAUCCAUUUCCGAUAUCCCACAAGACCUGCGGUUCGCGUUCUUCGUGAUCUCUCAUUAGAGGUGGAACCAGGUACUUACAUCGCGUUGGUGGGGGCUAGCGGUUCAGGGAAAAGCACGAUUAUUCAACUUAUUGAGCGCUUCUACGACCCUCUGGCUGGGGAUAUAUAUCUUGACGGCGAACCGAUUACAGAAUUGAACGUCCAAGAAUACCGCAAGAAUAUAGCCUUGGUCUCUCAAGAACCCACCCUCUAUGCAGGAACUAUCCGCUUCAACGUCCUACUCGGCGCAAUCAAACCCCAUGAAGAAGUGACUCAAGAAGAAUUAGAAAAAGCCUGUAGAGACGCCAAUAUUCUGGAAUUCAUCCAAUCGUUACCCAAGGGUUUUGAGACAGAGGUGGGUGGUAAGGGCUCGCAGUUGUCUGGAGGUCAGAAACAACGAAUCGCUAUCGCGCGGGCCCUCCUCCGGAAUCCCAAGGUUCUCCUACUAGAUGAGGCGACCUCAGCCCUUGACUCGGCUUCCGAGAAAGUCGUCCAGGCCGCACUCGACCAAGCAGCACAAGGGAGAACAACGAUUGCAAUUGCCCAUAGAUUAUCAACGAUCCAAAAUGCAGAUAAAAUAUACUUCAUAAAGGAGGGUAGAGUCAGCGAGGCUGGAACACACGACCAACUUCUAACGAAACGCGGUCAUUACUACGAGUACGUACAGCUACAAGGUCUUAAGUAA